AUGUCGAAUACAACGGAAGAUGGGAUGGACGAGAAGCAACGGGUGUAUGAACAUGAAUCGAGAUUGAGAACGGAAGUAGAAGAGAAGUCAAGUUCAUCAUUAGAUUCGGUGGAUUGUUUCCAUGGUUUUAUCACAGAAGAAGAAGUGGAAUAUCGGUUACGAAAAUGUGAAACUGAUGGUGCAUUGAUUUUGCAUGCUGAACAAAAUUCUCUCACACCGAAAUUUCGUCUUUCUUGGCUUCCGCCAACUAGUAAUUCAGUGAUGCAUUUGUCCAUUGAUCGAGUUUCUGAUGAAUAUUUCCUGUCUGGAAAAUCCUUUACAACGUUAUCUGGUCUAAUUCAAGCAUUUAUAAGUGAAUCAAAAACAGCAGUGCUACCACUUCAGCCACCUUCGCCGGUGAAAUUAAUUAACCGUCAAAGGAUAGCCGUCCUACCGUUUCGUGCAAUGCCCGAUACAGACGAAAUAAGCUUUUGUGAAGGCGAUUUGUUAACGGAAAUCCAACGAGUGGAUAGUGAAUGGGCAUGGGCGAGACUGGAGAAAAAUGGGAAAUCUGGACUUAUCGCUGUGCAGCUUACCGUUCCAUUAAACGACAAGAGUGUGAAACCCGAAGAGUUACCAUAUUUUCAUGAUGAACCAGUAAAUGUGCUUGCACAACGGCUAGCACAGUAUGGUGAUGGUUGUUAUCUUUUACGGCAUUCAGUUGUGCAACCCAAUUCAUAUACGCUUAUGGUAAAUACCGGCACACGUAUUGAAAAAUUUCAAAUAAAACACACAUCAGAUGGUAAUUUUGAAAUUGGUGGGCGGAUUUUUUCGACAAUUCCGGAAAUUAUUGAAAGGUAUAGCAAAAAGGAAAUUUGCGAAGGAUUUCAUCUGAUGCGUGCUGUGUUAACAAAGGACUUGUCGGAAAAAAGUUCAGACAUAAAGUUCCAGAGUCUUAUCACUAAUAGUUUUUCUCCACAGACCUUUCUGGAAGCAUAUGCUUAUCGAAGAUGUAAAGAAGAUAAGUGGAAACGUUGUUAUGUGAGACUUAAUAGUUCGGAUGGCUCACAACUGUAUGUUUUAGAUCAUGAAAAGAGUACAAAACCAAAAGUAGUUCUGGAUCUUGAUUUUUGCUUUGUUUAUAAAAUUCCUGAAGGAUCAUUCGAUAGAGCGAAUUGUUUGCUGGUUGCUCUGAAUGGUCUGGAUAUUUAUCCAUCAGUUCACUUAUCAUUUCAAAACGAAGGCAUUUAUCUAAAUUGGCUCAAUGUGUUACGGCUGCAAUGCUUCGGUUAUCGUCAUUCACCAUCACCAUUUGCUGUAAUCCCUGUCAUGCAAGAUUACUUUAUUCGCUCAACAACUGUUAUUUAUUUAACCUUAACAAGUUUUAGGGGUAGUUACUUUAAACCCGAUUUCUCAUAUAGUGCGAUGGUGGCGAUCAACGGGAUUUUUUUGACCAAAACUCAGCAAGUGAUGCCUGCAAAAAAUACCAUUAUAUUUAAUAGGUGUUUUCUGCUGCAGUAUAUUCCUCCGGGGCCAUGUUCAUUGAAACUUGAGCUUUGUUCACACAACCUUCUACCGACAAAGACGCGCAAUGUCGCAUUCAGAGAUUAUUUUCAGAAAGAUGUAUCACCACUGUAUUUAUUAGCAGACGACGGCAAAGAGUUUUGUGUGGAAGAUAAUUUUGAAGGGUUUUUGUUUCGUGCAGUACGUCAUCGCAUCGUUUUACUGCCCGAAGAACAAUAUUCCUCUUUUUUUGUGCUGCUCACUAUGCGAUCAUUUAUUUUAUCCAUUUGGGUUGGCUCAGUCUUGGAUAUCUUUAAUCGAAAAUGUUUUGCUCGUUUAUUACUCUCUGUUCUAUUGCCAAAUUAUGACUUACUGAUGUCAUUUGUUGAAGUUAUUGUCAGGGAGCAAAUUAAGCAUGAAACUGAAGUAACACUUUUUCGGUGUGAUUCAUUUUGUACUUGCUGUAUUUCAACAGUCCUACGUAUGACUGGUAAAGAUCUGGUUGCAGAAGAGUUAGCAAAUCUGCUAACUGCAGGGCCGCCGAAACAGGAAUUGGAAAUUAUGAACGCCCUGAAGAGCUUAGCUGACCAUCUACCUCUUCUUUUCCGCUCCAUUCUAUCACAUAUCAUAAAAACAACACAAGCGUAUUUUAAUAAUUCUGAAUAUAUUGCUCGUCGAGUUGCGAGUGUGUUCUUCAUUCUGCGCUUUGUAAAUCCAAUUUUGGCUCUUAGCAGCAGUAGCUCGACUGAACAAUCUCGCCAGUUGCCAAAAACAAUCCAGUCACUAGCUAAUCAGGCUUCUUCACCUGAUUACUGCCCGGAAAAAAGUACCCGUAGUGUUCGCUUGAUGGCUGAUCUGCUUGAUGCUAUGGCAUUAUCUCCCUUGAAGGUGAAAUCAUCAGAAAAUCCAUUUUGUGGUUAUAGUAAAAUCGAUCAGUUAGCUCUGCUUGCAUUUCAAGUAGAGCAAGUAUUGGAACAACAAGGCUCUGGUAGCUGCCCUCUUCCGGAAGCUUAUACGGUUAUCAAUUUACUGAAAAAACAUGCUGAGAAGUACCUCUGUUGUUAA